AUUACAAGUCAACAAGAAAAGUAAGAAUGUCUUAUAACCUCCGGGAAGCAGAGGAAAAUAAAAGGAAAAUACACUCCUUCCUUCUUGUUCUUGGGAGGACCAGUCUGCAGAGUGUCCACGCCUUCGCAUUCCAGAAUGCCCAAGUCUACCGGACCAAAAUGGAACCUGGGAAGACCACUAGCGCUCAUACUCGCAUUUUCGGUCGUUUUUGCGCUGUUCUUUCUACGCGGACAUUCUCCGAAGAUUAAGAAUAGAGAUUCCGGCCGAAGAGAGGAAAGCGAGCCAGUUAUCCGCACGAAGAAGCAGGAGACACAGCGUCCGGCCGAUGAUCAGGCUGUGAUCACGUACAUCCGGCAACACCUCCUACGCCCGCCAGCAACGGCCCCAUACAACCUCACGCAUCCGGAAAAAUCUCAUUUCGCACAGUACUCUUCUCAAAGUCAAAAUGUUUACAGGAUCUUUAAUGCUAAGACAAAGGGCGUGUUCGUGGAGGCGCGCGCUGGCGACGGCGAGGAGAGAAGCCACACUUUGUACCUCGAAAAAUUCCUCUCCUGGUCCGGAAUUCUGAUCGAACCGAACCCUUCGCUGUUCGAGACUCUGGUUUCGAAGCACCGCCGAGCCUAUGCUAUUCGCACUUCUCUCGCUGCGUCGGAUGGUGGCGUUCCGUUCAGGUUAACGACCAACAGCCUCUCGGACACAGCAGUCCCUGACCUUCCCCUUUCCUCUGUCUUGCAAGCUGUCAACAUGACCCGCAUUGACUUUCUCUCGCUGGAUGUGGGCGGUUCGGAGCUACAGGUUCUGCAGACGAUCCCAUGGGAAAGGGUGAAGAUUCGCCUGAUGUGCGUGAAGGCGAAUAAAGUUCCUGGCGGACCUACGUUCCUCUCGCAGUUCAUGGAGACGCAAGGAUACGCUUCCCUCGGCCUGACGGAGAAUGACGUGUGGUUUGCCUUUUUGUGAAGGUGUCAUCCACGUGGACUGUCAUAUUCGUGGUCUUCCUGAACGUGUUGUGAUCCACGUGGACUGUCAUAUUCGUGGUCUUCUGGUCCAUGUUGCUCUCCGAAUUUAUUGUAGGAGAAGCGGUUUUGUUAUGAAAAGUGUUGUAAUCCACGUGACUGUUAUAUUCGUGGUCUCCGAAUUUAUAGUAGGAAAAGCGGUUUUGUUAUGAAGAGUGUUCAAGA